AUUCUGACACCAACUAGCCCCAAGGCUUUGGGAAAGCUCCCGCGCACUGCGGCGUCAAGCAAGCCGAACCCAACCCCGCCUUGUUUUCCCCUAUCCUGCUCCUUGGCUGAAUCCGCCAAUUCCGUGGCCGCUCUUUCACGCCACACCGGAAGUCGAUCUCGCCGGAGCACGGACACCCCGCCAUUGAGGGCUCACCACAUCGAGUCCGCUUCAGCGCCGAAAAUCGGCUCACCAUGGUGUUGCUAUUGAGGAGACGCCCGACAUGACCACCCCGAUCAGCGCUGUGCUGCCGCCGCCCAAGCAAAUCCGCUUUGUGAACAACCAAGGCCAGCCCCCGUCCAAGCGACGGCGGAUCAACGCAGCAUGCUUGACAUGUCGGAAGAGGAAAACCCGGUGUGCCGGUGAGAAGCCGGAUUGCUCAACCUGCAAGAAAAAUGGGCACGUGUGUCUCGGGUAUUCAGACCUCGUUGAGAGGAAGAGGGAGGGCCGGGACGGCGAUGAGCCGGCGUUCCCGAAAAGCGAACUCCUGGACACGGCCCACGUGAGCCACGCUAUCGAGCACCAUUAUCCGGACGAGGAUGACGACAAGCGGGACCGCCGGCACUGGAAGAGCAAGCCUGCGCCUCGGAUGGCAGGUUUUGUCGACCAGGACGCCGUGUCCAGGAGGGAUCCGCAGGAGAAUGAGAACGAUUGGGACCUGGACAGCAAGUCGCCGGGCUCGUCCAGGACCGCCGGCCGCUCCAACACGGGUCGCCAUGCGGCUUACUCGGACGACAGCCGGAGCUCGCACAACCGGUCGCCCGUUCAGCUCGAACGCCACCGCGUGCCCUAUUUUCGAUAUUUCGGUCCCACCGCCAUUGUUCCGGGCUUCAAGCAGAUGGUAGUGAACAUCUACCGCGACAGCAGGCGAAAGAGCCGAGGCGGCUCCUUCUCUACGACGUCGCCGGGGUCACUCCCAGGCUACGGAACUGCUAAUGGCCACACGCUACACCACGAGGGUGUUGUGGAGACGCUCGAGGACUUGCCGGUAUACGAUGUCAAUAGUUCCGGUCCAGUCCAUCCUUUGAUUCUCUCUCUCGCCGAGACCUUCUUUCUUUAUCUCGGCUGCAACUACCUGUUCCUCAAGAAGGACCGGUUCCUGCGGAUGCUGAAGGAGAAGAAGGUUGCGCCUAUAUUGGUCGACGCGGUCUGCGCCUUGGCUGCUCGGUUCUCGGAUCAGCCCAUCUUCACCAACGAAAAUGACGGGAAGACGAAGCGAUCCGACUAUGGUCGCGUCUUUGCGCAGCGGGCCAAGGCCGCGACUGUCGACACCUUCCCUUGUCCCUCGGUCGCGGCUGUCCAGGCCUGCCUGCUGAUGGCGUAUGAAGGGUUCGGCGCCGAUCAAGACAGCGCGCUCUGGAUGUACCUCGGCCUCGCCAUCAGGAUGGCCGUCGAUCUCGGGUUGCAGAAGAUGGAGGGCGUCAAAUAUCAGGGCGAGAACGAUCCCUGGUACACGCGGUACUGGUUCCGCAAGAGCACGGACGGACCAGAUGGACCCGACGGCAAGGAUAGCGUUGAGGACACCCUGAGCCCGGCGGAGCAGCGGGAGGUCGAACAGGAACGCAUCGAUACAUUCUGGGCUGUUUUCGUUCUGGAUCGUGUCAUCUCUUCGGGCACGGGCCGGCCCGUGACAUUUCGAGACGACGAUUUCGAGCUUUCGCUCCCGCCGCACGCCGAGGAUCCCGUCUCAGGCUGGCCCGCGCCGUUUCCCCCGUUCAUCGAGAUCAUUCACUUGUACGGCCGCGUGUCUGACGUCCUCAACAACAUCCGGGAUGCCAAUGAUCUCACCGAGGAGAAGCUGGCCGCGCUCAGGAUCAUGGAGAGAGACCUAACCGCCAUCUACCAGAAGCAAGAUGAUCGCCUCCACUUCAACGCCGUAAACUUCCGCGGAUAUGUCAAUGCAAACCAGGGCACCACCUUCAUCCUGCUGCACUUCUGGUUUCACGCGUUGGUCAUUGUACUCCACCAGCCUACCUUGAUGACUCCCUUCCAUAAUCUGAGGCCGACCCAGCUGCUGGCGAACAGCCCCGACCUUCCAAACAGUCGCGAGCUGUCCAUGUCGAGCGCCAAGACGAUCGCCGAUAUUCUCGCCUUUGCUGAACUGAUCGACCCCAAGAGCUUGAUUGGCAACCCGUUCACGUCGCAACCCAUCUACAUUGCCGCAUGCGCCUUCUUGAUGGAGUCUGCCGCCAACCCGUCGCAACCAUCUUCCUGGGAGCCUUCACCGUCUCCUGAUGCGAAGGCAGAUCACUUCAAAGCGUCCGUUGGAAGAUACGGCUCGAGCCAUGACCCACGCCCGGCGAAGCACUCCCUGCUCGCAUCUGCUGCCAACCAGAACUACCAGCGCUGCUAUAAAUCCCUCCAGCAGCUGGAGCAAUACUGGGGCGGCGUUGGCUACAUCCUGAGCGCUCUGGACCAAAAGUCCAAGGGCAUUUGGGAUUGUGACCCCUCCUUGAGCAAGGAUUACGAGCCCAUGAAGCUGGCACGGCGAGACUCGUUCGGCCGUCUGCCCAGAUUCGAGCAUCCUUCCUCGCCGAAUGUUCCUCCUAUCGCGUAUUCUCUGACAGGCACCACGAAUUCUCCCAACUCCAACCUUACCGUCCUCUUCCAAGGAAAUCUCCCAGCGCAACCCGGCGGGCCUGGUCCAGCUUCGGUCCCGGUGCCGCCGCCGCCGCCGCCGGCGGGUCCGGUAACGGCAGCAACUCCGCCUGGUAAUAUGAUCUACGAUCCCAUUAGGCAGAGUCUCCCGGAAGCGCCUCCGGCGUAUCUGCAACCCAAUGUCUCCGCCGGCCGCUAUCAGCAAGAUCCGGGCCCCAAGACAAGCCGGCUGUCCCAGUCGCCAGCGAUCGGCAAGUCGAUGUUGAAAUAUGAGUCGCCGUCCCCGGGCGACAUGGACCAGAGCAGUUCCCGCGGCGACUCCAAGUCGCAUCUGCAUGCCGCCAUGUCCCGGGCCAGCCAGGGUCAGCUGCACCAAACACCGUACAACCAUGCCUCGCAUCACCAGCCAAGCUAUGAUCCCAUGGGCCACGACCGAUCGCCCACCGGUACGCCCACGGAUUCUGGCAUGGGUCAGCAACAAAUGCUGCACAACCACAGUAUUAGCCACAGUCACAAUCAGCACCACCACGGCCACGACAGCGGCGAUGGCCACAACAACAACCACGGCUACGAGGCGGACUUUGCGCAGAGCGGCUUGGCGUCGGGGUCGUAUUCGUAUAUGGGCCUGAAUCCGAUCAACGACGUCAUCACCUUCAACAGCCAAGAAGUCAACUUUGACAUGCUCGGGCUGCAGACCGAAAUGAUGCCGCCUUGGCUGGAGAUCUUACCGGGAGAUGUCCUCGGCGGACUGUUUGAGGGCGGGAUAAUGGGCGCAAGUCAGCAUAUGGGGUAGGCGAUGGUAGGAGGCGGGGGCAAUAAGGCAGGGUUAUGAAUGAUGAUACAAUCCUGGGCUGGGGCUACGAGCAUGCUCAUGUUGGACUGCAUUUGGUGCUAUUUACUUGGCUUUUACAUGCAUGUCUCCUUUGAUCCCAUCAAGCCAAUUUUGUUUCUCUAUAUUGUUUUU